AUGACCGAUACACUUUCUCUUCGCGGGACACUCGUUGGUCAUUCGAACUGGGUGACGGCUAUUGCUACAACCUCAGAGAAUCCUGAGAUGAUUUUAUCAGCUUCACGCGAUAAGACCAUUAUUGUUUGGUCAUUAACCCAUGAUGAAGCAACUUAUGGUAUACCACGUAAAGCUCUCACCGGUCAUAACCACUUUGUACAAGAUGUGGUCAUUUCUUCUGAUGGUCAAUUUGCACUUUCCGCUUCAUGGGACAAAACUCUUCGUCUUUGGGAUCUGAAUACCGGAACAACUACUCGUAGAUUUGUUGGUCAUGAUAAAGAUGUUCUUUCGGUGUCCUUUUCACCUGAUAACCGUCAAAUCGUGUCUGGUUCAAGAGAUAAAACCAUUAAAUUGUGGAAUACAUUAGGUGAAUGUAAAUUUAACAUCCAGGAAGAUGGUCACACUGAAUGGGUCUCUUGCGUGAGAUUUUCACCAAAUCCGUCCAAUCCUGUGAUUGUGUCAUGUGGUUGGGACAAACUUGUUAAGGUUUGGGAGCUUACUAAAUGUAAGCUUAGAACUAAUCACAUCGGUCAUACUGGAUAUAUCAAUACCGUUACUAUUUCUCCUGAUGGUUCACUCUGUGCUUCCGGUGGAAAAGAUGGAAUUACUAUGUUAUGGGAUCUUAAUGAAGGAAAACAUUUAUAUUCAUUGGAAGCUGGUGAUAUUAUUAACGCUUUAGUAUUCAGCCCUAAUCGUUAUUGGUUGUGUGCUGCUACCGCAUCUUUCAUCAAGAUUUGGGACCUUGAAACAAAGACUGUUGUUGAUGAUCUUAAACCAGAGUUUACGGAAACUGGAAAAUAUUCAAAAGAUCCUGAAUGUAUUUCUCUUGCCUGGUCACCAGAUGGUACAACAUUGUUUGCUGGCUAUACAGCGGUUCCAAUGGAUCAAGAUCUUUUGUUUAAUAAUUCGCGUCAUUUUAAAAAUCAAGAAAUUGCUUAUAGUAUUCAUACGAUUUGGUCUUGGACUGAUCAGCAACUCGAAGAAUUACAAAAUAUAUGGAGUGCACUCGAAGAAAAAUAUAAUUCGACUAUAACAUAUAUUCCGGAAAAACAGUGCUUUGAGUUUAAGCAAACUUCUUAUGAAAUUUUAGAUGAAUUACGCGAUGCACUUGUAGAUAUUAUAUUAAAAAAGUCUACCGAUGCAAAGCCGAUGACUAUGGUUCCUCAUCGUUCUAAGAGACGUUCUAAAGUCCCUAUUCGUGGCACGUCUGUGCCUGUUGGUUUGCCGCCCCAACAUUUAGAAAAAAUUGAUACAAAGACUCCAUCGGUCCUCGAUAAAAUAGAUGAUACAAAUGGACUUGAAGAUACUUACUACAUUUCGGACAGUGUUCGUGAUGUUUCUGAUAUGCUGGGACGAAAUCAACAAUUUAGUCAACCUUGUGAUUAUUUGAAGGAAAUAUGUAAAGAUUGUGGUGUAGAUGGCAGUAUAAAUUUGGAGAGAAGGACUAUUCAUAUCGUUGGUGGAAAGAGGCGAAACGUUAAUGAUGCUAUCAAAAGGUUUAAAGAAUUGGAAAGGCUUCGAUCUUGCUUUAAACCACAAAAAAUACCUUUAGUACAUUAUCCAAACCAGAGUGUGUUCUUCAGGUUGUACUUCUUAAACAUCAAGUCCCAUCCAUGGUUUAAGCAUAUGUAUACUUCCUCUAUCGCGAAAGAUGCAUAUGUAAUUAUUCCUGUCGUUAAAAAUCAUAUUACUCAAAAAUGGACACUCCCAAAAUACGUUGAACCUGAACGAAAUAAGCCUGCAGCCAUGGACAAUAAUGUAAAUAGUAAUGCGCCUCCCCGUGGCCGUCCAAUUGCUAAAAAUCCACCAACUGAGCCAAAAUACAAUUGGCCUGAUGUUCCACAAGCACCUGCUAAUAUUCCAUGGAGUAAUGUAGAUGCAUUAGACGUUUCUUCUAAUAAAGAUUUCCCGUCCCUUUCACCUUCGGGCGCGGGGUCGAAAUCUAAGGUUUGGAAUGAUAAAGUUGUUGGGAAAAAAGUUGAUGAAAAAGGUGGAAUAAAUGUCGUCAUGAGAAAUGUUGUUCUUGAGCAAAAUCCAAAUAAUAGUAAUGCUUCUUCUGUCAAUGGAAAUGGCGUGCCUAGUACACCUGGCAAGAUGCUCAGAGAUUAUAAUCUCUCCCAAAUUAGUCGAGUAUUAAGUGAGGGGCUCGAAUAUGUUCGUUCACAAAGAGAAGAAAUUCGAUUAUUUGGAAGUUUGGGAAAGGUUUUAUUUACAAAAGUACCUCCAAACGUUUCAAAUAAAUUAUGGGAUUUCUUGGAGUUAAAAGAUGUUAUUGUUGGAGAACAUGGAACUUUGUAUCAAAAUUUCGUAAAAAUUCUUGGUAAUGGAAAAACGAUAUGUGGUAGAAAUUCUUUUUUUGAGAUUAACGCAAAUGCAAGAAAUUCUCCACAUGCUGGAUAUACACCUGUUUCUAUGUAUGUCAAUUGUGAUUUUGUAUCUUUGGAUAGAGUCACAAUGCAGUGGAAUCAUCUUGUUGACGUUGAUUGGACAGUUUUGGAUCGUAAUUUCGAUUUUGAAAUAAGCUUGCAAUCGAGACGAGUUCUUCGUUCUGAUGUUAAACCGUUCACUACUUUCAUGAAAAAAGUUUCAGUCAGCCCGACGAACAAUGUGAUAACUUAUGAGAAUGUCACUGAUUUCCUUCACGUAAAAUCUAUCAAUUAUAAGCAAGUUUCACGAUAUAUGUUACAUGAACCUUUCAUUGCGGAAUUGACUCGCAUUGAGCAAGUACCCAUUAGUGAGCAAACAACUCGUAAAAUUAUUGGAAAGACAGGUCAAGGUCCUUACUGGUAUACUAUUGAGACUAACGAGUUUCUUGGCCCUGGACAAGUCACAGAAUGGACCGUUGACAACAUUAUUGGGGACGAUUCAUCGAAACUUCACCUCAUUGAAUAUGUAAAAGCUAUGCUCUUAUUAGUUGAACGUUGCCAUAAACCUGUGGAACAACAUAAUGAAGAAUUAAAGAAGAAGGAUAAUAUGAAAAAGGAAAUUUUAAUUACUAAGAGUAUAAAGUCAAAGUCAAAUUCCACUCAAGAAAAUUCCAUAUCCAAAAAAGUGAAACACAAUUCCACAAGUGUAGCAAAAUCAAUUUCUUCUAAAGACGAAGGAAACCAACGAUUGUUCGAAUCGACUAGUUCAUCAUCUAAAGACAAAGGAAAACAACGAUUGUCCGAAUCGACUGUCGCUGUCGUUGUCGAACAUUCGUGGGAGAAUAUUUGA